AUGGUAACGUUAGAGCUGGCAACUUCCCUUAAGUAAAUUUUCUUGUCUUAUUAGUCAUAGGCAAUAUAAAUCUUAACUCAAUUGCUAAGAAAUGGCAGAAAAGAGAGAUCAGUGUACUCAGUGCUGGCCUUUUGCUACUUCCAAACUGGCGACUUUCAAAAUGCUUCGUUAUGUUACUCGGAAUUAAUCAAAAUCUGUCCUGAAAUCACUGAAUACUCCUACUAUCUUGCUUAGUGUCUUUUAAAAAGUGGUAUGUAUGAAGAAGCACUUGAAGUUUGUGAGAAAUAACUGGACAAUACUCAUCUCUAAUAAAAGGGUAAAUAACUUAAGGCUGCCAUAUACUAUGAGAAAAACGAGUUUGAUAUGGCUAAAAAGCAUCUAAAAUCCUUGAAUACUUCUGACUUUGCUUCCCUAGUCAAUGAAGGAUGCAUCUAUUUCAAGCAAGAUCAAAUUGAAAAAGCUCUAGGAAAGUUUAAUGAUGCUAUUAAGAUUUGUGGCUUCAAUGCUGAGCUGUUUUACAAUGUGGCUCUUUCAUACUACGAGCUUCAUGAGUACAAGGAGUCAGUGACUUUUCUAGAUGUAAUACUGUAAAAAGCUUAUGAAAAAUUCCCAUAGUUGAAGAAUGUAACUGAGGAAAACCCGGUAUUUGAAAAGGAUAAAACUAUAUCUACAUAAAUAUUGAGGGAAUCAGCAAUAGUUGAAGCCUUGAACUUAAAAGCUGCUAUUCUUUAUUUCUAAGAAGAUUACGAAGGAGCUAAAUAAGUAAUCAAAAAAGUGCCAGUCAUUUAAGAGGGUGGUACCGAUCCAGUAACUUUCCACAAUUAAGCAGUUUUAUUUGUGAAUCAAAACUCAGCUGAAUCCAUUAAGAAACUGAACUAUCUCCUAAAUAACUCUUUGUUUCCUCCUGAGACUUUUUAAAACCUACUAUUUCUCUAUUGCAAAUACUUCUUCUUUGAUCUAGCUAAUGAGCUUAUUUAAGAAAACCCUAAGUUUUGUGAAUCCUUACUAGAAAAGGAUGACUUCGAUUACAUUUAAACUAUGAUUCUAUAAUAGUAGGAUCCGAAUGGGGCAAUCAAGCAUUUCUAAACUAUCUUGGAUUAUUACAAGGGCUAGAUAUAAUAGAGCAAUCAGGAAAUUGAGAAGCUAUAAGAAGAAUAUAUGGAGGGUAGGAUUGAAAAUUCUUCUGAAAUAGAAUAGCAAGUUAGAUAUUUGGACUAGCGACUGAGAAUUAUGAAGGAGAAGUAUGCAGCAGUAUUGACAUCACAGGCUAAAAUAUUCUGGGACAUGAAAGAUUAUAAGAGUGUGCAGCAGGUAUUCACAGAUUCAUAGGACAUUUGCGAUGGGUUUUAGAUAUUCAACGUAAAUCUGGCUCAUUCGAUCUACAUGCAGGAGGGUAAGCAGUCAGAGGCUAUUUUGUACUAUGAGAAGAUUGUAGAGGAAAGCUAGGAUAAUCUCCUUAAGUGUGAGACAAUCGUUUUAGCCAAUCUAUGUGUGUGCUACAUUUUAACCAAGUAAAACAGCAAGGCUGAAAAUCUUAUUUAAAAAAUCUAGUUGCAUGAGUAAAAUGUGUUGGCAAACGAUCCAAGUGCUUAAUUAUUUCACUCAUGUAUUGUUAAUCUAGUAAUAGGCACUCUUUAUUGCUCAAGAGGUCACUUUGAGUUCGGGUUUUCAUUAAUUUUCAGAUCGCUAGAGCCAGCUAAGGACAAACUAGGCACUGAUACAUGGUACUACACAAAAAGGUGUCUGCUUGCCCUAAUUGAAAAGAUCAUCAAGAAGUCGAUUGAACUAAGUGAUUAGUUUUUCAAUCAGAUAAUUAGCUUUUUAGAUGAAGCCUAUACUGUUGGAAAGAACAUAACAACUGUAAAUAAAUUUGCUUAUAAAUUGAAUUAUUAUAGUUGA